UAUACGUACAUUAUGCGACCAAAUUGCCGGCUUGAAGGUGCUGAUUGAGUCAAUACUUGGACGGACUUUUCUUAAAAGUCAUUUUCGGAAGCACUAUGCAUCUCCCAUAUGAUAGUAUCUUUCAACAUUUGACUAUAUCGUAAUUUCUCCUCCUUGUCACAAAGAAAUUAAGAUACCACCAUGGGAAGUGAGACUCCAACAAAUGAUGAAAAACCAAUUGCUUCUCCAGAGAAAGAGAAAAGAAGUGCGGAGCAAAAGGCAAUUGAUGAUUGGCUUCCUAUAACUUCUUCAAGGAAUGCAAAAUGGUGGUACGCAGCUUUUCACAAUGUCACUGCCAUGGUUGGAGCUGGUGUCUUGAGUCUUCCGUCUGCCAUGGCAAAUCUUGGAUGGGGACCUGGUGUUGCGAUUCUAGUGUUAUCAUGGAUAAUAACUCUAUACACCUUAUGGCAAAUGGUUGAGAUGCAUGAAAUGGUUCCAGGAAAACGUUUUGAUAGAUAUCAUGAAUUGGGUCAAGAAGCAUUUGGUGAAAAGCUUGGACUUUGGAUUGUGGUGCCACAACAAUUGAUAUGUGAAAUUGGUGUAGAUGUUGUUUAUAUGGUCACCGGAGGAAAAUCAUUGCAGAAAAUUCAUGACUUGGUGUGCAAAAAAAACUGCAACUCAAUGAAAACAACUUAUUUCAUCAUGAUAUUUGCCUCUGUUCAUUUUGUUCUUGCUCAUCUUCCAAACUUUAACUCCAUUGCCGGUAUCUCAUUGGCUGCCGCAAUCAUGUCUUUGAGUUACUCAACUAUUGCAUGGGUGGCUUCAGUAAAAAAGGGAGUUCAACAAGAUGUACAAUAUGGCUAUAAAGCCACAACAACACCAGGAACAGUUUUCAAUUUUUUUAGUGCUUUAGGUGACGUUGCAUUUGCCUAUGCUGGACACAAUGUGGUGUUGGAGAUUCAAGCAACAAUUCCUUCUACACCAGAGAAACCAUCUAAGGGUCCUAUGUGGAAAGGGGUGGUAUUAGCUUAUAUUGUUGUAGCUUUGUGCUAUUUUCCUGUUGCCCUUAUUGGGUAUUGGAUGUUUGGCAAUACAGUUGCUGAUAAUAUCCUCACUUCUCUUAAUAAACCUACUUGGCUUAUAGUUACAGCAAACAUGUUUGUUGUCAUUCAUGUCAUAGGAAGCUACCAGUUAUAUGCAAUGCCAGUUUUUGACAUGAUUGAGACUGUAAUGGUAAAAAAAAUGCGUUUCAAGCCAACCCGACUCCUAAGAUUUGUUGUUCGCAAUAUUUAUGUUGCUUUCACAAUGUUUGUGGGCAUUACCUUCCCUUUCUUUGGUGCUCUCCUUGGAUUUUUUGGAGGAUUUGCAUUUGCUCCUACAACAUACUUUCUUCCCUGCGUUAUGUGGCUUUCUAUUUACAAACCAAAGAGGUUCAGCUUGUCCUGGUUCACCAAUUGGAUAUGCAUUAUACUUGGCCUCCUGCUAAUGAUUCUGUCACCAAUUGGUGGAUUAAGGCAAAUCAUACUCAAUGCAAAGACCUACGGUUUCUAUACUUGAAUUUGUGGUGCCUAAUAGUCAUCCUAAACUAUCAUAUAUGGAUGCAUAUGUCCAACAUAUUAUUUUUUCUUAUAAACAAGGUUAUCCUGCAUUUUAUUUUCUCUACCUUAAGGACAUGUUUGUUUGGAACAGAGUUACAUAAUUCACUGGAAUACCCUACGAAUAAUUCCCUACUUUUGGCAAUCUAACAAUAUAACACCUCAUUUAAUUUAUUUUA